UCUAGGCGCAGGCGUCAGCGAGUGCGUGCGCGUGUGCGUGUGCCUGUGCACGCAGCGGCCGCACGCUCCACGCUGGAGCCCAUAACGCAGGCCGGCAUCAUGCUCAUCGUGGGGGUAGCCAUCGUCCUCGCCAACAUCCUCAUCAUCGCUACCUACCUCUCCUUCCGCGGUCCAUCAGAGAUGAUCAACAUCUAUCUCCUGUCUCUAGCAGUAGCAGACCUUCUCUGUGGCUUAUUCGUGGUUCCACUCUCAGUGUAUUCAGCCUGGCUACAAAACUGGAUCUAUGGAGAUCUGGUGUGCCGCUUGAUGGGGUAUCUUGAAGUAACACUCUGGAGUGUUAAUGUCUUCACCUUCAUGUGGAUAAGUGUUGAUCGGUAUCUGGCAGUGCAAAGACCGCUUCGGUAUGAUACAGUGCAAAAGCGUACCCACUGUCAAUGUUGGAUGGUGUUCACAUGGGUCUCUGCUGCAAUGUUGUGUUGCCCUCCACUGCUGGGAGUCAAUAAGCCACAUUUUGACCGUGAUGCUUUUGUCUGCAUGUUGGACUGGGGAAAUAUGGCUGCCUACUCUAUAACAGUUGCCAUACUGGUGCUAGGCCCCAGUCUCAUCACAAUUGUCUACACAUACUACUACAUAUUUUCCAUGAUGAGAAUGGUGCGAAGUGGUGUCCCAAUACAUGAUAAAGAAUAUGCAUCUGCUCUGACUGAAAACUUGUCUAACCCAAGUCACAUAAUGUCUUUCGUGCUUGUGCUGACAUUUUGGAUUUCAUGGACACCGUAUGCAACAGUCAAGUUCUAUGAGUACUUCACAAACAGCAGGUAUCAGGUGCCAUAUCUACACUUUGUAAUUGUGUGGAUAGGUAUUCUGAACUCUUUCUGGAAAAUAGUGAUCCUCAUCGCUCUGAGCCCACAGUUUCGAUUAGCAGUGCGUGUCUUCUGUAUCAGACUCUGUUGUCGCUACAAAGGCAGACUGCAGGGUGAGUUGAUUGACAUGGAUGAUGAUGAUUAAGACUAUUUGUUGCUUAGUGGUGAAAUGACUAACUUCUUGCUCUGCAGUUGUGUCUGGCAGGAAUCAGGUGUUGUGCAGGUGUCUCAGGGAAUGCAUUAUAAUAUAUACAUCUCUGUAGCUAUGUUCUAUUCUGAAAUGGCUCACAGCUGUUUGAGAGAUGGAAGCUAACUUUCAUUUCUUACAUCUUGAUGCAACAACAUUCUAAAUGUCUCUUUUUCAGAAAAAGUCUUGCGAUUAAUAUAUUCCCCUUGUUGUAGUAUUUCUACAAAUGUGUUGUUUUAUGAAUUGUUUGAUUUUCUGUUCAGAGGAGUAAAUAAUGUAUAAUUCAUGUAAAAAUUGUUUUUUGAACACUAGAAUUACAAAAAUAAUGUCCAGAAAAGCAGGUAUUCUCAGGUUUAUUUCAAGACAUUCAAACAGAUCAUUUUCUGACGAACCUGUUUCACUCACCAUGAUACAAUUACUAAACUGGAAUUGGACAUUCCAAAAUUUAACACACGCUGUUUACCUCUGUAGGAUGACUAUGUAUUUACAGAAUGGUAAAUCUAUUUCUAACUUACCAUGUGCUAUAAAUCAUGAUUUUCUCUUUCAUGAAUGCAACAGAAACUUCUUACUCUGAUCCUGUAUGUGGUAACAACAAAUAAUAUUUCUGAUACAAAAUCAACUGUUUUAAAGUGAAUGUAUUCUAAAGAAUACAUGUGGAAAAUUAAACUUGAUGAAUGCUCUUACUAAUAACUGCAUAGACACAUCUAUGAGAUUAUCAAAGUACACCACCAGGAAAUAGUAAAAUGCUUCCAGCUAGUUCCAUCAAAGAAAAACUCCAACUGCAGUUUUAAUUAAUGGGGGAUUUUAAAUACUAUGCUAACUGCUCAAUUCAAAUUUUUGUAACAGAUGUUUACAAUAUCUAGUAUCCUAAAAUCCAUAUGGUAGCAACAAGCAGAAACAUACAGGCACAAUACGUAUGUAGAUCUACAAUAACAGAAGUUUAUAAUUAAUCUUGCUAUUCAAAAACCAUGUCAUUUUUAAUUUUCCAAUUGUCUUGUAAGUACUUUCCAUUAUACAGUAAAACACCAACAAAUAAACAAGAAAAUAGGUCAGCUUUUCACACUCUGAAGUACGAUUAAAUCUAUUAUAAAAACCUUAUCUGUAAAAGAGUCCUAUACCUCAUGGUAUUUACAUACUUUUUAGACUGAAAUAGUUACUCAAAGCAGACUCUUACAACCUGUAACCUUAUAAAAUCAUUCCUGUUACUUCCUAUAUUGUUGGCUUUAAACACCACACAAGCUUGUGCUGCCACAAAAAUUGAAACAUUUAUUAUUUAAAUUGCUUUGCAGAAAAGCUCAAGGAAGAUUCACCUACUUCCCUGAUACUGAAAGUGUAAGUGAAAAGGUUGUUUCAUUAGUUAU